UCAUUAAGACAGACACUUCAAUUCUUUGAGCAACAAAAUUCAAACAUACUUCGUAGUACCAAGACGGACGUUUUCUUUGGAUCGAUUAGUCAACCUGCAAAAGCGGAAUUAUCUCAUCGAUUUUCAUAUAUGAACUUUAUUGAUAAAGAUUUUUAUCGAUUCAAUGAUGUGAUUGCAAUAAAAAAUUUGCAUUGGAAUGCUUUCUUAGCAAUUAAACUGAAAUGGCAGAGUACACUUACGCCAUUUUUACUAAAACAUCAUGGAAGAAGAAGACUCAUUAAUUUUAAUGAAAACCAUGAUGACAGACAUUUACAGAACAAUGAUGACAGUAUAGAGCUUUCACCUGCGUUCAAAGAAAUUAGAAACUGGAAAGUACCACAUGUAAAAUAUUUUGAAGUCACUUCUUACCCAAAUUGGUCAAUACCUCACUAUGACAAUUGGUUAGAACAUAAUAACCAUAAAAAAAUUGCCCAUACGACUUUCUAUAAAGUUUUGCGCGUUAUAAGUAGUGAUGAAGAAAGCCCGAAUGAACUCCGCGAGAUAGCUCGAAGACUUUUAGAGAAAAAAUACAUUUGGAAUGGGGCUUUUUUGCCAGGUUCUUGUGCCCUUGUUGACUACGCACCAAGAAGGGAUAUCCCGCAAGUAACUGAACUUGG